AUGGCAGCAUCCCAUGGAGACCUUGUCAUGGCCGCUUCUGCAACGACACGUUUAACAAAUCUUCGUACAGCACGUGUAUAUAGUAAUGCACGGACAACAACAGCCACCGCAGCAGCCACCGCAGCAUCCACCACAAGGUGUUCUCCAUGUGGUCCGAUGGUAUGCUAUAAAUAUGAAGACUGUGGACCACCAUUGCAGUGCCUGCCGCGAUCUGCGUUUAAGCGUAAUGGACUGCAGGAUUGCCAGUUCUUCCAGCAAGGGUCGAUCCGAUAUUUGUGUCGGGCGGGCCCUUGCUGUCCGAGGCCAUGUCCACCGAUCCUGAAGUCCAGUGAUGUAGCCCCGAGGGCGGAGGAGAGUGGUACGGAAAAAAAGGAUGAAAAAGAAAAUCAACUCAAAAGGACCAAGAGCCGUGAGCUAAGAGGCGGUAUUAUGUACUACAGUUGCCACUGUAUUAAACGAAAUGGGCUUCAACAUGACUGCAGACGAACUGGUUGUGGAGGAGAGCCUGCAUGUCUUGUACUGCCAGAUCCUCUUUGUGCGCCUAGUCAACUAGCUCGUAAUCGGGGACUUGCAGAUCCCGCACCUUUAGCAGCACAUUACCGCGCCCAAGGUGGAGGGCCAGCAGGGCCAGCAGAAUCAAGUGCAGGCUCUGGCGGUGGCAAAAGAUUUAUUGUUUGUGAAUUGAAGGGAAUCGUUCCUGAUGUGUCUUCAAAGGCUGAGCAAUGUUGUAAGUGUCCACCUUUUAACACCAAAGGUAAUGAUUUAAACUUUACAAAUCAGUCUGCAAACUGUGGAUGUGAUUCCAAUAACAACCCUACCAAUUCAUUAUUUGUUUUCGAUGAAAAAACAAUUGAAACUAUUUUAAGCCGCUUCCAAAAUAAAGAAUUAGCACCUAGUAAUAUGGUCCGUGGACCGGGCGGACGAUUACGUGAGGUUAAACCUGUAGUUAAGGAGGAGCCUUGUACAAGACCAGGUUGCGUACAUUGGAAGCCACCUCCGCCUUGCUUAUGGGAUGCCCCUUGCAAAGCAGAUUGCUUUGAGACUCCGCCUGGUAUUCAGCCUGGUCGAAAUCCUUUAAGUAGCAGUGGCGGCUCUAAAAUACCCAAUCUAGUAGCUCCAGAUAAGAAAAUGGUAGUUCUUUCACCAAUCCAAUAA